UUCCAUGGUACUUCAGGCGAGAUAAUGGUUUCCAAUGAAUUUGUUACAUUUCCAGACCGGAAAUGUUCUCAACCAUUGGUGUAUAUAUAGGGGUUGGUUCCAUAGAGGCAACAUUGCUUGAAAUCCUCAGAGGAACCUUCUGGACUCUUUUGUAGAGAAGUGACUUAUUGCCAAGAGAAAAAAUGGGGACCUAUGAGGUAAAGGUGGAUACUGCUGGAGGAAUUUUCCCCAAAACCACGAACUACAUAUAUAUGAGGCUGGUGGGGGAAGAAGGAGAAAGUGACUCAACAUGGAUUUCUGAAAAGUGUGAGAUAAAAACCGAUAAAUCUCUUGGAAAAUUGCAACAAAUAGUGAUUCACAAGGAGACUUCAUUUUAUAUGUUCUCUGACGACUGGUUGCCAGAAAAAAUAGAAGUCAAAACUCAUAAAAAUGAAACCUACAUCUUCCCCCUGUACACCUGGAUUACUGAUGGUGGGAAACACUACUUCAGAGAGGGUCAAGCUUUUAUACCCUCUGAGGACCCUUUUGACCCAUCCAGUCGGCAGGAAGAGAUUAGCAAACGACAAGAUGCAUAUCGCUGGAAAACAUCUGAGAAAGGAAUACCUGAUCAUAUCAAAGCAAAAGACACGGAUGACCUGCCUAAAGACGCCCAGUUCACAUUCAGCAAGGCGACAGAUUUUAAGAUUGAGGCAAUCAAAGGCAUGGUUUGGGAUAAAGUGAAAUCCUUCUUUUUCGGUGAUAAUAAAUGGUCUGGUUUUGAUGAGAUUGGUGCCAUGAUGGACUACAGCAAAUAUAAACUUCUGGACUAUGUCAGAAACAACUGGAAGGAUGAUGAUUUCUUUGGCUACCAGUUCCUGAAUGGUCUUAACCCCAUGGUGAUCAGACGCUGUGAUACCCUGCCUGACAACUUUCCUGUCACUGAUGACAUGAUCAGCCAGUACAGCAAGGGUCCCUCUAGUCUGGAUCAGGAAAUGAAGUGUGGCAACAUAUUUCUGUGUGACUACGAGAUACUGGAUGGAGUAGAAACAAGAAAAAUCCAUGGAAAGCAGCAAUACCUGACGGCUCCACUGGUGCUGCUCUAUAAAACGACUGAUGAUAAACUGGUGCCUAUUGCAAUUCAGCUGAAACAGGAGCCAGGAGCAGACAACCCAAUUUUCCUUCCUACUGAUCAUCACUAUGAGUGGUUGUUGGCAAAAACCUUUGUAAGAAGUGCAGAAUUUAAUUUGCAUCAGCUCAACUUUCAUCUGCUGCGCACUCACCUGCUGGCUGAGGUCUUUGCAGUGUCCACUCGGCGCAACCUACCUAUGGUUCAUCCACUGUACAAGCUUCUCAUACCCCACACUCGCUACACUCUGGCUAUUAAUGUCCUGGCUCGACAGAUGCUAAUAUCUGAGCAUGGUGUCUUUACAGAGAUAGCAGCUUCGGGUGGAGAGGGUAUGUUCCAACUCCUGAGGAGAUCCUUGUCCAAAAUAAAGUACAGAUCCCUCUGUAUACCUGAUGACAUUGAAGAUCGCGGGAUGGACAAAAUUCCCAACUUCUACUACAGAGACGACGGAAUGAAACUGUGGAACAGUCUACACAGAUUUGUUUCAGGAAUCCUGAAACACUACUACAAGACUGACAAGGAUGUGAAAGCAGACGCAGAACUGCAGGAUUGGAUAGGGGACAUUUUUAAACAUGGAUUUCUUUCCAACAAAAAAUCCGGAAUCCCAAACAAAUUUACAACAGUGGCUGAUCUGGUCAAGUUCGUCACCAUGGUGAUCUUCACUGGCUCGGUCCAGCAUUCUGCUGUGAACUCUGGACAGUUCGACUUCGGUGGCUGGAUGCCCAACCUGCCGAGCUCCAUGGGAUGUCCCCCACCAACCAAAAAGGGGAAAGCAUCUGAGGCCACCCUAAUGGAGGCACUGCCAAACAAAUCAGUAACACGUCGUACCGUGGAGACCUUGUAUUUGCUGACUCAGACGUACAGUGACUUUGUCGCUUUUGGCGAUUACCCAGAGGAGCACUUCACUGAGAAGGAGCCCCGCAGGCGGAUAGAAGCAUUCCAGAAAGAGCUGAAGCAGCUGAGUGAUGAAAUCAAGAAAAGAAACAAGAAGCUGGAUUUCCCAUACGAAUACCUGGAUCCAGAAAAAAUCGGAAAUAGUGUUACUAUUUGAAAACUGGAUGUUUGAACCUCUUUUCAACCAGAUUUAGCAACAGAUUCACCAAAAAUAUACAUAUAUACACUUAUCUGUUCAAUCAGAGUUUAAUAAUGAAUAUCUGGGUUUUUAGGUGACUUUUUUUAAUACUUCUGGUGUGUGGAUGUUAUGGUGAUAGUUUUCUUCUUCCACAAAUGUUGAAUGAUUAAAACAGAUGUCUAUGUGGAAGUUGCAGAGAAAUAUUUACCAUUUUUAAGGGUUUCUUUUUUUAUCAUUUAGAUGUGGGUUUUGUCAGAGAUUUCCCAAAAAUAAUUAGCCUGGGGUAAAGUGCUAAAAAAUACCAAGGCAAGAAACAGAAAACAUUUAUUCACAGUAUAACAAUUAGCGUUUUCUAACAAAAAAGUUUUCCUUUGUUUAUUUUAUUCAAUAUCUUUUGCAUACAUAGAUAUGACAUGCAGGUUUAAUAUGGGUGGUGGAUUUACAUGAGUUAUUUUCUUUGGUAAUAUUAUAGGCUAAGUUGAUCUCACGAAGACUUUGAAAACAAAAAGGUUUAAUUCUUAUUCUUUAGGCAAUGAGAUAUAUGCAUUUCUAGUGGUUAAAAAAUGUAGAGGUACAUUUAAGAUGUGAUACACAUUAUGGUACAUAGAAAAAUAAUUUUGAACUGUCAGUUGUAAGAUUGAAAUCAACAUAAAUGUACUGUUAAACUAAAUCGAUAAACUUUCUAAUUGGUGUUGGGAAAAAAAAUUGUUUU